AUGUAUAAUAAAUAUCAUUAACUUGUCAUAAUUUAUAAAUAUAAACAAUUUACUUAUAAUCAUUGAUUUAUUUUAUCAAAACUCUUGGUCUUUUGAUUGAAGUGAGUAAAUUAUCAAUUUCAUCCUCUGUUUGUUAAUAUCUUUUGAUGCCAGAUACAAACAUCUGAAUAUUUUNUAUAUAUAAAAUAAAAAUUCCUAUGAAUAGACGUCAGAAAAUCUCCCUCCUUUAAAAGGGUAUAAAUAAAUUGAAUAAACGCAAAAUGAGUAUUUUUCGUAUAAGGAAUAUCAAUAAGAGGCUAAAUCAUAGCCUCUCAAUUAAUUCUAAGGAUUCAAUUAAGCGGAGAAAAUACAAUAAAAUUAUUAUUAAAGCAAGGAAAUUUCUCAAGAAUCCAAACCUGAAUCAAAAUUAAUAAAGAACCAAGUCAUAAUUUCUGAAGUAAAACCUCAAGCUAAUGAUUAAAAGCCAAAAAAAAAAUUGAAAUUAAGCUAGCCUCAACAUAUAUAAAUCAAAAAUUUAGAUAGUGAAAAAGUAGCCUAAUUACCACAAUUCAAUGAAAUUAAUGGAAAGUAGGUAUUAUUUUCAGUCUAAUUUAUGAAUGGAUAAGUAGAAUUAUUAGAUAAUUUCAAAACUGCCAAAUCAAAAUCUGGAUUUAUUUUAUUUGAUGGUUUCUUUAAGAAAACUACAAAUUUUAAAGUAGAGAUACUCAUUUAAGAAUAUGAUAAAUAAUCAGUAUUAAUCACUUAUAAAAUUAUAGGAGAUAGAAAUAGGUUUAAUUGAUUGGAAUAAGUUUAAACUACCAAGAGAAAUAGGAAAACCUCAAAAAGGAGUCCAUAGUCUAAAUAGUCAAGGAAGUAAAUUUAAAUUCUUAAUAUAAGUUGCUUUUAAAGAUGGAAAAUAAAAAAACAAGCAAAAAUAUCUUAAUGUUUUUAAACAUAAAGCAAGUCUGAAAAUAAUCAUAGGCAAUAAUAACUUAGAAAUUGGUAUUGGAAUGAUGAAGGUAAAAAAUUUUACUAUAAUAUAGGUUGGAUUCCAACUUUCUGAAUUGAAUGGGAAUCUAUCACUAUUUGCAUGCUUAGUAAACGCAUAAAUUAAAAUAUUCCCUUGA